UCUCUCUCUACCUCUCGCUCCGCACGACACCUCUUCUCCGCCGCUGCCGCAGAAGCAUGACCAGCUCCUCCGCCGCUUCUCGCAAGGCCCUGAGCAAGAUCGCUUGCAACAGGCUCCAAAAAGAGCUGGUGGAAUGGCAAGUCAACCCACCGGCCGGUUUCAAGCACAAGGUCACCGAUAACCUCCAAAGGUGGGUGAUCGAGGUGAUCGGAGCGCCCGGCACGCUGUAUGCCAACGAGAAGUACCAGCUGCAGGUCGAUUUCCCGGAGCAUUAUCCCAUGGAAGCUCCACAGGUCAUAUUUCUGCAUCCUGCGCCUCUUCAUCCGCACAUCUACAGCAACGGGCACAUAUGUUUAGAUAUCUUAUAUGACUCCUGGUCACCAGCAAUGACUGUAAGCUCUGUCUGCAUCAGCAUUUUAUCCAUGCUAUCCAGCUCGACAGCAAAGCAACGUCCGCCUGAUAAUGAUCGAUACGUGAGGAACUGUAGGAAUGGUAGGUCUCCCAAGGAGACUAGAUGGUGGUUCCAUGAUGACAAAGUGUAAUACUGAUGCUACUGCCCCCUUCAGCUCCACUCUCCACCUAAUGAAAGAUGUCAUGCAGUGUUUCUGCCUUGAUAAUACCAUCUGAAUUGGCCAUUUGCUUUAUCUUUUCAUCUCGCUUCUGGUAACUGUAAAGCUUAGUUGCAUGGAAGGAACUAAUAUAAAAUUAUGAAGACAUGGCAUAAUCAAACUGGCUGUGUUCCACUCUCAGUCAAACAUUGUGGUGGACAACAACCCAUUUACCUCUAUGGAUGAUCAAUAAACUCAUAUUGUUCUGCA